GCACUGUUCGACAAACUGACAGGCAUUUCCUUUGAAGAAUAUGAGGCCUUUAGUUUGCAUACUUUUAUAUAGGUGAUCAGAUUUUGUUUUGAAAUUUUAAUUAACACAUACUUGCAUGCAGCCUAUUGAUCACUCUGUUAUGUUUCCAGGUAUUGAUGACAGCUUCAUCCAUGGCGGUGACCUUAAGGUUUUUAAGAAGCGGCGGCACAGUGCUCGAGCCCCACACCUUCUCCUCAUGCUGCUGCCUUCAUACCGGCUGGAGUCCCAGUCCCAGUCCCCGCACAAGAACCAUCGAUCCAAGAGAGCCCUGGAUGCUGCCUACUGCUCUAGAAACGUUCAGGACAACUGCUGCUUACGCUCACUCUACAUCGAUUUUAAGAAGGACCUGGGCUGGAGGUGGAUCCAUGAGCCAAAGGGCUAUGAGGCCAACUUCUGUGCUGGGGCCUGUCCGUAUCUGUGGAGUGCUGACACACAGCAUUCCAAG